GAUGUCAUAUUUUAUUAGGUUAUUUUUAUUUUUUGGAAUCACUCAAAAAUGGCACACGUUGAUUACCACUCGACCAAUGCUGGCUAUAUAUAUAGGUGCACUGUACUGUACUGUAAUACCAUCAAAUUUGGCUUAGGAAAGGACCGCCGACCCGGGCACUCACCGACCAACUCUUCGUAUCCCAUCCAAUCUCUUAAACGCCACAAGACUCACGAGUACGAUGGAUAUAUAGUAUGAAGUUGAAGAAGUGGAUCCCUUUCUCAGAUAUCCAAAGGUUUCAGCUGUUUACGUUCCAUUCUUGUUAGCAAAAAACCAAAAUUUGUAUAGCUUGGACGAUGAUGAAUUCUGUGAAUCUUGGCUCUCCUUGGGUCCAAACCCGUUCCAUGGGUGGCCUACUUAGUAGAUCUGCAUCUUCUUCCAAGCAAAAACCUGCUUUCUUCUUGUUUCAGAGGCCGAGAUCCCGAUCCAUCUCUUCUUCUUCUUCUUCUUUCUCUAUCUCUGCAACUAUUGCCAAACAAGAGACGGCCAAAGGCGAAGAAGAAGCCAGAAGGCAGAGCCAUGUGGGAACCUUAUCCUCAUCCGCCUUCAAUUUCAAGGCCUAUAUGGUCGAAAAGGCCGAUUCGGUGAACCAAGCCCUAAACGACGCCGUCUCCCUGCGGGACCCGCUGGAGAUCUACGAGUCCAUGCGCUACUCUCUCCUCGCCGGCGGGAAACGGGUCCGCCCCAUCCUCUGCAUCGCCGCCUGCGAGCUGGUCGGCGGCCACCAGUCCACCGCCAUGCCGGCGGCCUGCGCCGUGGAGAUGAUCCACACCAUGUCCCUCAUGCACGAUGACCUUCCCUGUAUGGACAACGACAACCUCCGCCGCGGCAAGCCCACCAACCACAAGGUCUUUGGCGAGGACAUCGCCGUCCUCGCCGGCGAUGCCCUUCUCGCGUUCGCCUUCGAGCACGUCGCCACAGCCACGAAGGGCGUGUCUUCGGAGAAAAUCCUUCGCGUGAUCGGCGAGCUGGCGAAAUCGAUCGGAUCAGAGGGGCUGGUUGCCGGCCAGGUGGUCGACAUUUGUUCCGAAGGCAUAUCUGAUGUUGGAUUAGAACACCUCGAAUUCAUCCACCGCCACAAGACGGCGGCGUUAUUGGAGGGGUCGGUAGUUCUGGGGGCGAUUUUGGGAGGUGGGUCCGACGAACAAGUCGAGAAGCUCCGGAAUUUCGCAAGAAAAAUUGGGUUGUUGUUUCAGGUUGUGGAUGACAUUCUGGAUGUCACCAAGUCGUCGCAAGAUUUGGGGAAGACGGCGGGGAAAGAUUUGGUUGCCGACAAGGUGACUUAUCCCAAACUUAUUGGCAUUGAGAAAUCCAGAGAGUUUGCUGAGAAAUUGAAUAACGAGGCAAAGGAUCAGCUUUCUGGGUUUGAUCGGGACAGGGCGGCUCCCUUGAUUGCGCUUACCAAUUAUAUUGCUUACAGGGGAAACUGAUAUGUAUUUAUUCUGUAGGCAUAAAGUUCAUUCUCAGAUAGUAAACCAUGAAUUCCCUAAUUUUCAUGUAAUUUUCAUUCCAUCAGUAUUCAGUCAUGGUGCUGUAACUCAAAUAGGCUUUCUUCCUCGGUACUUGAAACUUGGGUUGAGGUUUGAGGAGGAGAAGGGAAAGGAAAGAUUUUCUUUCUUUUCCUCAUUAUUUCCUUUUCCUUUUUUUUUUUUUUGGGGGGGGGUUCUCCCCUCCCCGUAGAAGACACUUUUUAGUUCACUUUUCUACACAAAACUAAACAGAGGAACAAUUUCUUGAGUUA